AUGAAACCGUCAGUGUUCAACAGACAAUACAUCAGCAAUAGCAAUGAGUCUUUUGGACAUCAAAUUGACAAAGGAGGUGAAACCAGAGAAUACCACCGCCAUCAUUCUGCCAAAGAAUCACUGAACCUCCAACAAAAAAAUGAAAAACUCGCUCGCAAACAACAUCUAUCAUCUGGGCACAUCCUAAAUUCGGAGCAGUUACAAAAGAUAAUCACUAAUAAACAGGGUUGUCACCAUUUCGGCCAGUCCUUUUUAGAACCUUUUUUGCAGCCAUUUUGGAAGCUGAUGGGUGAGUUUGUGCCAUAUUCUUUGUCUCCAAAUGCCAUUACACUAAUUGGGUUGAUUUUCAAUGGACUCACAACUAUGGUGCUUCUGUAUUAUUCUCAAGACGCCAGAAGUGAUGUUCCAAAGUGGACCUUCCAUUUAUGUGCCCUCGGUCUCUUUGUGUACCAAGCUCUUGACUCGAUCGACGAAAAACAAACACAUUGUUAUGUUGUCAGCGGUAAUAAUAACGUCGGCCAGACUCUUCUGAAAGAAGUUUUCAACCAUUGUUCAGAUGCAAUUAGUAAUGCUUUCGUCAUAGUAGCAGUGGGUACGACCUUAAAGUUGGGCACCCAUGCUUUGGUCAUGUAUGUUCUCGUCAUGAUCGUACUCUUUGCUUACUACGCUACUCACUGGCAGACGUACUGCUCUGGCGUCAUUAAUUAUCAGAUAUUCGAUAUAAUGGAAGCUCGAUUCUCCGCCAUCCUCCUCUUCUUCAUCACCGGGAUUUUCGGCAGCCACAUCUGGGAUUUCGAGGUCUGGAUUGGUCACACUAUCAGCUUAUUGGUUGGGAUUUUCUUCAGUUACGGUCAUCUGAACGUCGUAUUGGUGGAAGGUGGAGUAGGAAAGAAUGGGUCAACUGUAGCCGACACGAGCGUCAUUUCGCCCCUUGCCCCAAUGAUAUCUCUCAUUACGUUGGGCCUCCUUAUCAUACACAGUUCAGAAGAUUGCGCGCUAGACAAAUACCCCGUUCUGUUUGUGGCUACCUCUGCCGUCGUUGCUGUCAAGUUGAGUGUCAAGAUUGUGAUUUCUCACGUGUCUCGCAGCGAGAUGACCCUGUGCGACUACUGCCUGGCGAUCCUCGUCGGCCACUACGUCAUCGGCCAACGAUUCAACCUGAUCACUGAUCAUUUCUCUCUAUGGAUUUGUCUCGUUACCACGUCACUCAACCUCCUACACUACUGCUACAACAUUCUCAACGACAUUUGCAACGGCCUUGACAUCAGCUGUUUCAAGGUCACACGCGACGAUGACGAAGGUGAAGAUGGCGAUGACGUCAGAAGAGUUCGGCCGCCUACUUUCCGAUCCGACGAAUUUCGAGACGAAAAGAGAAAUGACGAUAACGAUGGCUCAACAGCUUUACAUUCCAGUGAUGCUACUUAUAAACAGCAGCUGAGACAACCAAAACACUUCACUCCACCAGCUGUAAAGUUCAACCGGAAGAAGGAUGCCGACGAUGAUGACGUCAGAGAUGCUGCUGCUGAUAAUGAUGUUGUUGGUGGAGGACGAGGUCGGUGUAGUCGGAGUGGCGGCGUUGGUGGUAGUAAAAAAAUUGUGAGGCGAGAAACGUAA